CCUUGCAAAAAGCAACACUGUCAGUAAAGCUUUUUUCGCUGGUAUAAAUAGCCAUUAAAUGGCAAUGCACGUUCAGAGCAUCUUCUGGCAAUAAAUGGAGAAGUCAAAUCAGCCAUCUACCCCAUGAGUUAAUGGAUUUUAUUUUUGUCUUUAGUAAGGAUAUGCAUUUGUUCUAUUGACAAAGUUUCUCUCAAACUCCUUUACAAGGAGGGGUCUCCUCUCUCUAGAGCUCAUUUAGGACCUUGCUGUGUUAGAGGCUGCUGCUGCUGAGAGGGUGCAUGUGUUCCUGGACGACAAAGUUGUAAGAGCUCCCAGAGGUGGAAGAAAUUGCAGACCAGAAGGAUGGGCGGUUUGCUGAACUGUGGUUUGCUGAGUGGAGCAGUCAUUGGAGCAAUUCUAGCCAUCCUUGGAGGUGCCUUGAUACCACUUGGAAACUAUUUUGUUGAGAAGACAGUAAGAAAGGAAACAGUCAUUGAAAAUGGCACAAUUGCAUAUGAGAACUGGCUUGUACCCGGGAGUCCAGUCUACAGGCAAUUUUGGUUCUUUGAUGUGCAAAACCCAAAAGAAGUAAUGGAAAAUGGAUCGCAUCCAAUACUCAAGCAGAAAGGGCCAUACACUUACAGGGUGCGCUAUUUGCCGAAAGAAAACAUCACUCAACAUAACGACUCCACAGUGUCUUUCUACCAGCCAAAUAUUGCUCUCUUUCAGCCUGAUCUCUCAGUUGGGCCAGAAAACGACACUUUCACAAUAGUCAACCUUGCCGUUGUGGCUGCACCUGCUUUGUAUCAAAGUGGCUUCAUACAAGCGUUGUUGGACAUUUGGGUGAAGUCAUCAAAGUCCCAAUUCCUUCAAAACAGAACUGUGAAAGAAAUACUCUGGGGCUAUGAAGAUCCUUUCUUGAAGAAAAUUCCACUUCCAGGAGUUGAAAGGGUUGUUGGCGUAUUCCUUCCUUACAAUGAGACAUUGGACGGCCUUUAUAGAAUCCACAAUGGGAAAAAUGACACAAGCAAGACGGCACUCAUCGAGACUUAUAAAGACAAAACCACCCUUCCAUACUGGCCCGGAGGUUGUGCUAUGAUCAACGGCACAGAUGGGGCUUCCUUUCCCCCUUUUGUCCAAAAGACUGCAAGACUUGAUUUAUUUUCUUCUGAUAUUUGCAGAUCCAUCUACAGCAACUUUGACAGUGAACAGACUGUGAAGGACAUCCCACUCUAUCGCUUCAUCGUCCCUCCAGGUGCUUUUGCAUCUCCUCUUGUCAAUCCUGACAACAUCUGCUUCUGCACAGAGAAAGAGAUAUCCCUGAAUUGCACAUUAGCUGGGGCACUGGACAUCAGUUCUUGCAAAAAAGGAAAACCUGUAUAUGUUACACUCCCCCACUUCCUCUAUGCAAGUGAAGAAAUUGCUCAAGGCAUUGAAGGCAUGCACCCAAAUCCACCUGAGCAUAUGACCUUUUUGGAUGUAGAGCCAACCACAGGGUUUACACUGCAGUUUGCCAAAAGACUGCAAAUCAAUUUGUUGGUGAGGCCUUCUACAAAAAUUACCGUCCUAAAAAAUAUCAAGUUGCCAUUUCUCUUUCCUAUUUUGUGGCUGAAUGAGACGGCCAUUAUUGAUGAUAAGAAAGCUGAGUUUUUCCGAGAAAAAGUGACCAAUAAGAUCAAGCUUCUGCAUCUGCUGGAAGCGGUGCUCAUCAUUGCCGGCAGCGUGAUGUUCCUUGGAUUCCUCGUCUCGUUCUUAGUAUGCCGAGCGCAGAAAUCGAAAUAAGUAUCAAGCUACUUCAGGUAUCAAGCUACUGCAGAUGUAGGCAAUAGUCAUUUCAGACUUUAAGCAAGGGAGGGUAAUGAACCUUCCGGAUGAACCUUCCUGAUGGCAUUGCUGGACUGUGCUUUGUAUGUGGCAAAUCAGCUUAGGAAGAAGCCCCGCCUCAGUGUGUUGAGUGAAGUAUGUGCCUUUGCCUGCCAGAACCCCAAAGGUGUUCAGAAGAGAGACUGUUGUUAAAUCUGACCUUCUGACAUUCUCUGAACCUUUUAUAAGA